CUGCUGUUUUAUAUUACUGCUGAUUUUACUUACUGCAUGAAGGAACUUUAAGCAGAAUGGGUUCGCUGCGACGAGUUUACAGUAAUUGUGGAUCGGGUGCUGUUGACGAAGAAAGUUUUUUGAAAUUGUUCGAGGAUGUUUCUCCAGUUCAACUCUUUUCACAGCGAGAAGUCGUUGAUCACAUGAAAGGCAUUGCUGAAACGAUUUCUGACGUAAAUAAAGACUGGAAUAAACGAGUGGAAGCGUUGAGGAAAGUUCGAGCGAUUAUUAUAGCAGGUGGCACGAAUUUUAGCGAGUUCCACACCUAUAUAAAACAAAUGGAACAUUCUCUUCAAGACUCUUGUAAAGAUUUACGAUCGCAAGUUGUUAGGGAAGCUUGUAUAACCAUAGCUUAUUUAGCCAAGACUUUAACGAAUAAAUUUGAACGUACCGCAGAGUAUGUUCUUAGUACUGUAAUAAAUUUAAUACAAAAUUCGGCAAAGAUUAUGGCAACAUCUGGCUUAACUUGUGUAAAAUUUAUAAUCCAAUAUUGUCAAAGUCCCAGAUUGAUACCAAUUAUAACAUCAAAUUUGGCUACAUCAAAAAGUAAAGAAAUUAGACGAAGUUGUUGCGAAUUUUUGGAACAGAUGUUGAUGCAAUGGCCGACGCAUCCUUUAGAGAAGCACAUCGCCAUCUUGCAGGACGCUGUCAAAAAGGGAAUAGCAGACGCUGAUUCUGAUGCUAGAGUUAGCUCCAGGAAAGCGUUCCGUGGAUUUAAGGAGCACUUUCCAGACCAAGCGGAGGCACUGCUACAAUCGUUAGAACCGAGCUAUCGGCGAGCCCUUCAAGGGGAAUUAUGCUUAUCGUCGAGUUCUUCGAGUGGUAGCCUUGCUCAAACUGGUUCUGCGUAUAAAACAUCGUCAAGACAACAAUAUAGGCCACCAACAACUCAGAGUACAACCGGAAGUACAGAAAAUCUUUUCGGGGGUUUACAAAGAGCCCCAUCACUACCGAGGAGUUACAGACAACGUAGUGGAAUCCCAGUUUUGAGUAAUGUUGGAAAACGUGGCGUCAGAAGCAACUCUGCUAUUGACUUGCAGGCAGCGCAAAGAGCGAAGGCUCGAGCUCAAUACGCUGCGAUAGCAAGAAAUAAGGUUACAUCGGGGACGGCUAGUUUACAGGGAGACGGUAUGCAUCAAGCACGACCGAGGAAGAGUCCAGAAGUUACUUCGUUGUAUUCACCUGAAAGGAUAGGCAGAACUCGAAGCAGAUCAAGUUCUAGUGUAUCGCAUUCUCAACCAACAAGUCGUUCUGCUUCUCCAAGUGCGAAAGGUUACAUGUAUCGGUCAACCGAUGGUGAUUCGCCACGACCUCGUCGUCUCUCUUCAGGAAUUCCCCGUUCAACUACCGGUUCUAGAGAUACCUCAAGAGAAACCAGUCCAAGUCGUGGAUCAAGUAUAAGUCGAUAUAGAAGAACAAACGAUAGACCGCCUAUUAGUCCAGCUAAUCGUUCAGUUAUGGCUCAAAAAAUUUUACAGCAAAGUCGAGAGGCUGAAAAUGCUUUAGCGGACGCUUUGACUCUAGAUCAAAUGGAUGGAAAUGACCAUCACCGAUUAAACAGUCCGCGCAAAUUGCUUUCCUUAGAAAAUCAUUCGGAUGAUUCAGAAACGUCGAGUGUCUGUUCAGAACGAUCUUUUGACUCUUAUAGGCGUCCAAGAGAUUCGUACUCGUGGAGUGGUUCGCAGCAGCGUUUGGCCAGUAGAGAACCUUGCCGCGACAUAAAUGAAAUAAUAAGCUGUUGUGCUAGUACAACAUGGCAAGAACGCAAAGAAGGAUUAGUUUCACUCCGUUAUUAUUUAACAUCAGGAACAUUGCUAUCUCACGGCGAAUUACUACACAUAACGGAAAUUUUUACACGUAUGUUUAUGGAUUCUCAUACGAAAGGAAUAAGUGUAUUUCUCGAUACUCUCAAUGAAAUCAUUCGAAGACACAACACGGAUUUACACGACUGGCUGUACGUUUUAUUACAUCGUAUUUUUAACAAACUUGGUAGCGAUUUACUCACAUCCGCGCACACAAAGCUUUUGAAUACUCUCGACGAGAUCCGAAGUCAUUUUCCGAUCCCGUUACAAUUAACCAGCGUAUAUCGUUUUUUAGUAGACGCAACUCAAACACCGAAUGCUAAAACCAAAGUGGCUGUUUUAAAUUAUUUGUCGUCGUUGUGUCGGGUAAUGGAAACGAGUCAAUUUGUAACGAAACCGCCGGCAAACGCUGCGUUACAAAAAAUUUUGAUUUAUAGUCAAGAUAGUAAAUCGGUUCCCAUUAGAAACGCCGCGACGAUGUGUAUAAUAGCCAUGUGGAAUUGUAACACGUCGCAAGUUACAAUGUUACUGACGGAAUUACCGAAAGAGUUGCAAGAAAUUGCUUCGAAUAUUGUUCAUAAUCAUAUGACGAGAAGCACGAUAAAAAGCGAACCGGGAAGUCCUUUGGUUACACCGCCGAGAAAUGACGAAUUUAAUCAGGAAGAAAUUUAUAGGAGUUUAAGAAAAACCACCGCCGAAAUACAAAAUUAUACUUAUGAAACGUCAGGUUCGCAAUUGGAUAGGGAAAAAGAUACAACGUCUCAAGAUUCGGGAAUUUCUCAAAUGAGUAUUGGAAAUGAUGUGAAAGCUGAUGUGACAUUGGAAGAACAAGCUAGUCUUUCAUCUAGCAAUUCAACUAUUGUUAAUGGUUACAACAACAUAGAUGAAUCAAAUGGAGAAGUUCUUGUUCAAAGAGUAUUGGAACAUUGUGUAGUUGACAAACCAACUCCUAUAGCUGAUAAACGGGUGUAUUUAAGCAAGCUAGCAGAACUGAUUAAAAAUGGAGAAACGGAACAUGUUAUAUUAAACUUUAAGAAACUUUUAAGGCUGUUGAUCGAUAAUUUAGAAAGGAAAGAUCCCCAAACGCAAGUUAUUGUACUUCGAACUAUGACGGAAAUCUUUAAUAACCCCUCUAUGAAACCUUGUUGGUCAAAUUUCGUUGAAUUAUUAACGUUGCGCGUUCUUACGGCGCACUGUGAUGACCGACGAGAGGUAUCAAAAGAAGCUGAAGUAACAGCCGCUGCGAUGAGUGUUUUUCCAUUUAAUCUAGUCGUAGGUGUACUAACGCCAUUAAUCCAAACUUCCACUUACCCAAAGCUUCAAGGAGCCAUCAAAAUGUUAAUUAAACUAAUUGAGACGCAUGGAAAUGAAAUUACCGACGAACACUUACUUCAAAUAAUGCCAGGAUUAGUUAAGACAAAUGAUCAUGAAGAAAGUACAGUUCGUAAAAGCGCUGUAUUUUGUAUGGUAGCACUUCAUAAAGCUGUAGGUGAAGAAAGAUUGGCGCCCCAUAUUGCAAAAUUACCUGGAAGUAAAUUAAAACUGUUAAGGUUGUAUAUUGGUAGAACGCAGCCAUCGUCUAGCGUGCCUACCAGUCCGAAGAAUUCCGCAACAACCAGCUAGUCGAAGGUGAAAACUGUACGAAAUAAACGAGUGAACACCAUCAUAACCUCCAGUGACCUAGACAUAUUGUUGGACGAAAGAAAACGGAAGGAAUAGGAAACAACGCGUGUUUUUAUUUCUCUCUACUGCUAUCGUUCUACAUAUAUAUAAGUGCCUAUUUUCUUUUUUAUAAUUAACCUUUCCAUUUUGUUAACUAUUUGAUUUUUUUUGUAUCUUUUCUGUUUUUUUUGAUAUAUUAACUUAAGUCUAAAAAUGAAACUACUCAUUGUUAUUUAUUCCUUAUCUUUACAAAUUUUAAUGUUAAGUGAAAGUUUUGUCCCAAAAUUAUUAGUAUUGAUACUUACGCCUGUUUCAAGUUUUUUUCUACAUGUAAUACUUCAAUAUUAAUUGUGAUAUUGUAUAUCAGAGAUAAAAUACGAUCGGUUGAAUGAAUUGAAAAUAAAUAAUAAUGCAAAUUAAAAACGGAAAGUAACAGUGAA